UUAAUACUUUGUUAUUUGGAAUUAGGUUGACGGAAAAUUCAUCAACCAUUUAAAAAAACAUCUAUAGAUUAAGUGGUCAGUGUUAGGAAAUACAAUCGGCGUAAAUCGUAUAGUAGUAAACACGUAAAUUCGGUAAUGGGGAAACGGCACAGCAAAUUAGCACCCCGAACUCUGGCGGAGCUGAGGGAUCAGACAAACUUUACAGUAGAGGAAAUCCAGGACUGGUACAAAGAAUUCAAGAGCAAAUGGCCCAAAGGCGUGCUGACAUCGGAAGAGUUCAAGAAGGAAUACUCGACUUUAUUUCCGCUAGGGGACGCUUCAGAGUUUGCAAAGCACGUGUUCCGCGUGUUUGACCAGAAUGCCGACGGGAAGCUGGACUUCCGUGAGUUUGUGUGCGGCUUCAGCAUCGUGUUAAGGGGACGUAUGGAGGACAAACUCAAGUUUAGCUUCCAGAUGUACGACAUCAAUGGGAAUGGAUUCAUCUCCCGCGAAGAAAUGUUGGAGGUUCUCGCUGCGAUGUACAAAGUGGAAUCGUCCCUGUCCAACGUCCUUGACCGUGAAGAUCCUGAGGAACGAACAGAUUCUAUUUUUAACCAAAUGGACCUUAAUUGUGAUGAUAAACUUUCUUUAGAGGAAUUUAUUGAAGGAGUGAAAAAGGACCCCCGCCUCGUCAAACUGAUGGACAUUUCAUAACAAGGCAGCCGUCUGCGUUGAUUUUCUUCAGCAGUGUUUUGACAUUCGCGAAUGUUUAGUCAGUUCGCAUUUUUUAUUUUAUAUAUGUAUGAUUUCUUACAUUAUCACAUGUAUUUCCUGUUUUGAUUGCGUCCCCCAACAGAGAGAAUAUCCAAAAUUAACGUUUUUCGUUUGGCAAAAAGUAUUCAGAGGAAAUAAGUCCAUUCAUUCAAAUACAUAGUAUCGGCUAUCAAAAGAGACCAUAUUUUGAUGUUAUCUCACAACCUUUCGUAAAUAAAUACACCUUUAAUGUA